AAAAUGCAUUGUAAAUGAAUUUAUGUACAUACAUCACUGCCUCUGCACACUUACGUCACAGCUACCCUGUGUGCAGAUCGGUGCAGCCUUACCACGCAGCAGCGUGUGCAGCAGCAGCAGCAGCAGCAGCAGCCUGUCCUCUUUUCUCCGUAUACUAGCUUCCUUAGUGGAGGGGUGAGAUUGGUGGCAUUUCAGUGACGUCAGAGUCGAUCGUCAGGCGCAAACUGAGGGUUUGCGCCCAUCAUACUACGUCAGAAUGACGAGCCGAUAAACUAUCCAUCAGGGUUUUCUGCGGCGGGCGGGCCAACGGUCUUAGGGUGGCCGCCGUUGGUUUGGCCGACGAUGGCGAACUCAGCGGGGACAACAGUUGACGGUAUCGACGUCGGUGAGAAUGAUGGUACAACAGGAGUAACUGGUGGUGGUCCAAGGAAUCCUCUCAUCUGCGGCGUCUGUCAUGACUAUUAUAACGAGCCUUGCCUGCUAUCCUGCUUUCACACCUUUUGUGCCCGCUGCAUUCGUGGCCCUCAUCUUGAGGGAAAAGUCUCCUGUCCUAUCUGCGGGCAACAGACACAAUUAAAAGAUGGAGCACAACUACCACCCCCCGAUCAGCUGAUACGUCAGCUAGUUGAAUUGGCAAACUCUGAAAAUCCACCUUGUGCCAAUUGUGAUAAGCGUGACAAAUCUACUAUGUUUUUCUGUACAACAUGUGGUCAAGCAUUGUGUACACACUGUAGGGAGCAUACCCACCGAGCAAAGAUGUUCUCUACGCAUGAGGUGCUGCAUAUGAGCAAAUGCGCCAAGGAUACACAACGUCGUUGCCCUACCCAUGGAGAACAAUAUAUAAUGUACAGCCAAAGUGCCAAGUGCAUGCUCUGCGCUACUUGUUUUCGCGAUACUCCUGCGGAUGCGAGACUUCAUUGCGUUGAUAUCGAAACUGCUUGGCAACAGGCAUCAAAGAAGAUGGAACGAGCUGUUAAUUCUAUCUGCGAACUACAAGCUGGUGUGCGGGAUGGAGUAUUGGCAUUAAAAUCACAAUUGGAUGAACUGCGACAUAGUUUGGAUUCCGAAAAGAGAACAUUGAAUUCUUUUUGUCAAGGAAUGCAAGAAGCAAUUACAAAGACACAUGGAAGUGCUUUGACGGAGUUACAGCGACAAUUUGAAACGAAGGAGAGGAUGGUUCGCAGUCAAUUGCUGUCACUAGGUAGCGCAUUACCUGUACUGCAGAUGCAUUUAAUGCUAUGCACCGCCUUCACCAGCGGUGCCACGAAAUAUCAAUUUCUCGAGCUAGCCCAUCCAAUGUUAGACCGGCUUAGUCGAGUCGCGCAAUUAGGAUAUCCAUCGAGGCCACCUUUGCUGACCGCGCAUUUGAAGACUAACUAUAAGAAUGAAUUUGCUCGUGCACUGCAACCAUAUGUGGGUCAAGCACAAACUCCGAAAGAAUCAUUAUAUGAUCAAACUCACACGAUGACUCAGCAGGAUCCGCCAGUGAUUCAGCAGAGCAGCAAAUCUGCUCAGAGGAUUCCAACCAAGAGUGGGACCGACGGUGGACCGUUUUCCAAUCACUGCCGAACAUUUGAUACUCAGUUAAAGGAAUUGAAUCAACAGUUGCUCACAGUGAAGGAACGUUUAGGGGAAUUGCAUCGCGACGUAGCACUUUUGAGAAGAGCCAACACACCUCCGUUAGGCACACGUUACGAACAAGUGGCAAGAGAUUGUCGGGUAUUAGAGCAACAAUUAGAGCAUUAUCAAAUGGAACUAGAACGUCUUAGAAACGUGUUUGAUGCGCUUUGGGAUGAACAGAUAUGUAGAAUUCACAUAGAAAAAGUAUUCCAUUCACAGAUGAAUGAUAUUCUAUCAUUGAGAAGUCAGGUAAAACAAUUGCAGAAUCUUGCUCAACAAUUAGAACCAUUUAUAAAAUCCUUUGCAACUGGAGUGAGUGCUGGUGAAGUAAGCAUGACAGCUUCUGAUGUAGCCAGUAAUCAGCAUUUACAGGCAUUAUUGGAUCACUUGGCACGGUUACAAAUGCAGGAACCCCCACAACCACAAACUCAAGCUCCAACUAAGGAUCAUCGACAUUCGCGCACUACUGCCACCAGUGCUGAUAAUGCACUUUACAUGAAAGAAACCAAAGAGGUACCGACACGUUGUCGUACUCCUUCCGGUGGUGUCGAAGCUGUUUUGGAUUCGAGUGGAAAUAUCGUUGUCUAUGGAACAGCCAAGUCUACAGAUCCCAAAAGAGGAGUGCUUAGUCAAUUGAUUGAGAAAGCUAGAAGUAAAGAGGAUCGUAAAAAGUCACCAGGAAGAGAGGAAAGUCGCGAUCGUAGUCAGAGUCGACGACCGAGAAAAUCUCCCGAUAGUACAAAACCUAAGACACCGCCUGGUCACUGGUCUGCCAGCAAAGUACGUUCUUUGUAUCGAUCUUUGAAGGGUGGCAGCGGAGACAAUUCUGCCGAGGGACUUGAUCAAGCGGAAAGAUGUACUGAUUCCCAGCAACCACAGUCGCAUACGGCUGGCGAAGAAGGAGAAUAUCAACGAAUUUCGGAGGCAUCCAGCACGGGAGAGGCGAAAAAACGCGUUCAGGCUCAGGUACAUGCAGUUCCCGACGAACAAUCAAUUUCUACAAGUAAAGGAACCAAAGUGUAUCCGGCCAGUGAUUCGGAGGACGUAUUCUACGCGGAUGAAAAGGCCUCGACAGAAGUGAGGAGACGUCGUCGUGCGAGUUGCGACAGCCUAAGUACCACUGGCUCAGGAAGCAGGCGAUCGAGCAUCAUUGAUGGGACGGUAGGUCAAUCCGCGCAGGAUCCCAGGAAAACAAUGGUUCUUUUGAUCGGAUCUACACCGAAGUCGUCGUCUCUGGUGCAGAAGCAGCGUUCCUGGGAAACAUUUCCGCGGCCAAAAAGCAAACGCAGCGUAACGACUACCGAGGGUGGAGCUUCGUCCCUUAGCCAAUUGAAGAAAACAGAUAGUUUCGAGGGACACGAGGAAACGGUGAGGACGCUGGUGGCAGCCGUGCAGGAAACGAGGUCGCAUCUACAUCAUCGUCAUAUGCACCAUCAUCGCCAUCACCGGAAGAGCAAGACAAAUUAAAACAACUGAUCAGUUGAUCAGUCUUGUUCGAGGAAGAUCCGCGAUGAAGGUUACAAGGAGCUUUUUUCAAGAGGUAUCCAGCCCGGAUGGUCAAAGUGCGGAAGUAGAUUUUAAGUAGAAAGAAAACUAAAUCGAAAUAAAAGUAUUUAUUAGACUGUUUUGGUAGUUUGAUUUGCAUUUGGCUAUCCGGGAAAAAGUCAAUACCCUCCAAAAUAAUGCCUAGCAUACAUCGGAGAAAGUACUAUCGAAAGACUGUAUGUUUACGAUAGCACAUUAUUAUUGGUAGGAAAUUAAUGUUAUGCAAAAUGGUACUACAAGGAUUUUUUUUCCAAAUAUUUUGAAUGUUUUAUUAGAGAUGUUAUUAUAAUAAAAAGGAAAUAGAAAGGGCAUUUCGUGUGAUGUAUAUAAUACUAAACGAAAAUAAUUUUACGAAUUAGAAAUCAUUUAUCGCUAUAAACUGCCAUUGAUGAAAACACCUUCGACUAGUGCACGUUUUUACUUCUAUGAAAUAUUGUGACUUUUUCGAAUUUUAUUUUUGGGUUUGGACCAAGAACUGUUUUCAAUAUUUUUUAUAUAAUCAUCUUGUAUAAUUGGUCGGGUAAUUUUUACUCCCAUGUAUGUCUAGUCAGAGUUGUUUCAGGGUCAACCAGCCUUCAACGUAGAGCAGUCCUCAAUUUUUUAUUGAACAGUGUUUUGAUUGCACUUUGAAGCGCCGAAGGUCAUAAUAUCGCUGCCAAUAGUAAAAAAUAAAAACAAUACGUACAUUAUGUAUACAUAUAUAUAAAAAAAAAAAAA